AUGCCGGCUGGUUUAAAAGCUUUUACAAGUGAGGGAGUGGUUGCCGAUGUGAUCCCCGUUCCACCAAAAUGUGUCCUUGAUGUCUCCUACAAUAGUGGGGCAAAGACCGAUUUUGGAAAUGAAUUGACGCCGACCCAAGUCAAGGACAAGCCAACAGUCACCUGGGAAAGCGAGGCCAACGCUUUGUACACCUUGAUUUUGACGGAUCCGGAUGCGCCAUCUCGAGCGAAUCCAGCUAUUCGUGAGUGCAUGCAUUGGGUUGUUGUAAACAUUCCCGGCAGUCACGUGGAUCAAGGUGACGAGGCGGCCGAAUAUAUUGGAUCUGGAGCUCCAGAGGGCACCGGCCUUCACCGUUACGUUUUCCUUCUAUACAAACAAAACGGAAAAGUCGAUGCUGGUUUUAAGAUUCGAAAAAACUCCGCUGAGGGCCGAAAAAAUUGGAGUGCUGCCGCUUUUGCUGAAAAACAUCAUUUAAGCUUAGUGGCCGGGAAUUUCUAUCAAGCUCAAUACGAUGAUUAUGUGCCCAUUUUGCACAAGCAACUUUCUGGACAG